AUGAGUCUCUCGGACUACAGCAGCGACGAUAGCUUAGAGGAGGAGCCUCCCAUCGCCGUCGAAGCCAUAAAAGGCGUCGCGAGGAGCGCAAGGACUGGCGGCCCGUCAUCGAUGAAUACGUCCAGUAGAUCCAUGGCAGGUGCCGCUCUGGCAGGGCUGGCGCUUGCAGGCAUCACAGCAGGCACCCUGCUGUUCAGGAAGUACCUCAAGACUAGCCGCGCAGAUGCCAAGGAACUGGAAGGGGAGGUCCAAGGCAAGGAUGGGGCAGAUGCAGGCGACAGGAAGGAGCUCAGGCGCAAGCGCCCUGUGGGAGGGGACAUCAAGGAGAGCCCGAGGCAGUCAGCGCCCUUCAUGGCAAGGACCGAGUCCACCUCUUCUGUGGGACCCCUCCGCAAGCAGCCAAGGAGGGACACGUCCGAGGACUCUGAGGGAGGCGAUGCAAUGGGAGCCAGCCCCAAGGGGGGGACACCUAGUGGCCACCGCAGAUCCCUACGCAAGAACCCCUCAACCAACGGCCGCCACCGCCGGCCGCCGCGCCGCGCCGCAGGCCCCUCCGGCAACUCACCCGCGGGCACCGGCAGCGAGUCGGAGAGCAACCGGGGCGGGCCGGCAGCUUCCGCCAAGCGAGAAGCCGCCGUGCAGCCGCCGCCGGCCGCCGCCGCGCCGGCCGCCGCUGCGGCUGCGCCGGCCGGUGACGCUAGAGCGGCGCCGGAGAAAGCCGGCUCCGCGGCUGCCACCGAUCUCAUGGCCAAGUACCGCGGAAGCCAGCCAUCAGCUGCGGCGCCGCAGGAGUCAAGCAAGAGCUCGUCAAAGAGCGGCGAGAAUGUGCAUAAGACCGAGAGCUUUCCAGAUCUGGUUCUGCCGACGAUCAGCCCCACUGUGCAGCUGUCUCUGGACACCUUCACGGCCGAGAUGGACGUGCUCGAGCAGGCAAUCGAGGCAGCAGGGAACACUACACCACAGGCAGAUCAAAUAUCGCCAGCAGCAAAGCCGCAGGAGGAAGGAAAGCCUGUUGCCAAGGGCGCAGAUGCCAAGAAUGGCAGCGCAGCAGCUGCAGAGGGAGGAAAGGGGGCGGCUGCUACUGGCAAACACAGCAAGGAGGAGAAAGAGGCAGCUCCGAAGGAUGCCAGCAAGGAGGAGAGCACUGGCAAGGCUGCAAAGGACGUUGCGAAGCUGGGAGGGGCAUUGAAGGAGGGCCCUGACAGCAAAGUGACGGGAGGCUGCACCAGUGCAGCGGCUGCAGGGGAGGAGGGAUCACCUGCCGACAGAGAGGCCGAGGACCGCGUGGCCGCACUCCAGGAGGAGAUCGACGCGCAGGACGACCUGCCGGCCGCAAAAGACCUGGUGUCCCCCGCUGCGGCCGAGACCGAGACCGCCCCGGCCGCAGGCGGGUCAAGGCCCGCUGCAGAGGCAGCCAAGUCGGAAGGGGGUAAGUCUGCUGAUGGCAGCGGCAAGCCCAAGGAGGCAGCGGGAAAGGGAGCUGCGGCCAAGACAGGCGGCAAAGCAGCAGAGCAUGAGAGCGGAAUCAAGGCGACGGUGAAGCAAGAGGAGCCUGAAAAGGGUGUGGAUGAAAAAGGCGCCGCCGCCGGAGAGACAGUGUCAGAGGGAUCAGGGGAGGGAGCUGCUGCGUCAGGAAAGGGAGCCGAGGGGGCUUUAAGCGGCGCGCUGAGCGCGGAGCCGUCGCUGCUGCCGGACGGCCGCGCGGCGGCCGAGGGGAACGACGCGUUGGGGGAGGCGGCCAGAUUAGACCUCUCGUCGGCCGAGGCCGACGCCGUCAGCCGCGCCGUCACGGACGCCGCCGAGCAGCCGUCUGACGGCGAUGCCUCCGCCGUGACGAAGCCGGCCGGUGGUGAUGCCUCUGCCGGCGGCCUUGGAGAGGAGAGAAGCACCGAGGAGAAGGACGGCGGUGAGGCUCAGGGGAAGGGGGAGACAGAGGAGCCUGCGGGCAAGAGCAAAGGUGGCACCAAGGGAGGGAAGAAGCCACAGGAUAGUGAGGCGGCAACGGAGGCAGGAAUCAACACCGCCGAAGCAAAGGAGCCGCAGCAGGAUCCUGCUGCUUCUGAGGCGGAUGUGGCCUCAGCAAACGGCACAGAUCACAGUGCUGAGCAGGAGAGCACAGCCGAGAAAGCUGAGCCGCAUGCAGCGCCUGAGGCCAGCAAGCCAGGGGCCAAGGGUAGUGCGAACGAAGGCAAAGGGGACAGCAGUGAGGGAAAGGUGCCGGAGGGUGAUGCCAAGCCGGCGCCUGCAUUCGACCCCCUUGGCAUGGAUGAAAUGGUGGAUGACUCAGCAGAGGUGCCAGCGCAGAAGGAGGCCGGCAACGGGCACCUGCAGGAGGAGGAGCGGGGCGCAGCCGACGAUGAGCAGCCUCGGAACCAGGCCGAGAGCAACGUGGCGCUCAACCUGGCAGUAGCACUUCGCAUCAUCAGCGAAAAGGGGAACCUGGCGGCGGCCGAGCGCACGCUGCAGAAGUCGCUGGGCGCCGUGCGGGAGGACAGCGCCGGAACGGUGCGGCCACAGUUCCGGUCCCGGCUGGCCGGCACGCUGGCCGACGUGAUUGCGCGCGCCGAGCAGACGGCCGGCCUCGGAGGAAAAGCAAAAAAGGAGAAUUCUGCCGGACGGAGUGCGGAGAUUGUUGAACUGCUGACGUACGCAUUCGAGGCGUCCAAGGAGACGGGUGACGGCAGUUUGCGCGCGCGGGAGAGCUGGCGGCUGGGCGCGGCGCUGGCCGAGGCCGAGGACUUUGAGGCCGCGCACGCCCUCUUCCAAGCCGAGCUGGCGCAUUGGGAUGAGCGGUGCGGCCCGGCGGAUCCGCGCGCGCAGCACUGCCGCACUUGGCUCGCUGACGUCCUCACCAAGCUUGGCCGAAAGGAGGAUGCGCAGAAGCUGCUGACAGAUGCUGCUGAGGCCCUGGAAAAGGAGGCUGAGAGGGCCGCCUCUUCCAAGCCGGAGAAAGCAGGCAGCAGCGCUGUGAAGGAGAUGGCAGGCGACGACGGCUCUGAGCUGCCCGGACACGACCUGACACCGGCAGCCGCCGCCAGUGUGACGGCUGCCAAGUGCUAUGUCCACUUGGCACAGAUGCAGGACGCGGAUGAGGAAUUCGACGCGGCGGCCGGGAGUGCGCGAAAGGCCGUGGGGAUAAUGGAGGGUACAUUUGGGGAGGGCAGCCCGCGCACUUCCACCGCUUACGGCACCCUCGCCUCCAUCCUCAAGCACCAGGGCAAGGAGGAGGGCUUGAGAGAGGCGCUGAAGCUGUACGAGACGCUGCAGCAAAUCGCGGAGGAGGUGCACGGACUGCGCAACAGCCACGCGGCCAUGGCACACCGCGCAAUUGCAGACGUGCACCAGCUGCUCAAGGAGUACGGCGAGGCUGUGUCACACACGGAGAAGGCUGUCCAGGUGGCAGGCUCCGUGCACGGGCGUGACCACCCAGUCAUGGAAUCCUACUGGCAGGCAGUCGCAGAGGCCAAGCAGGCGGCUGGGGACAAGGACGGAGCCAGGGACGCAAACAGGCAGGCGCUGCGCGUGCGAUCCCACUCCCAGCGCGGCGGCCAUGGUGCCGCCGGCGGCGGGGGCGGCAGGGGGGCCCGCGGCGGCGGGGGGUCCGGCGGCCGGCGGGGCCGCGGCCGCGGCCGGCGCUGA